AUUCAUUGUCAACGGAUUCACCGUGGUCUAAUCGCGUUUCAAUUCAAAGCAAGCGGCAACUUGUAUAAAUCUAGAGAGCGAUAAGAGUGAACUCAAAGCAGGUAGAGAGAGAGAGAGAGAACACCCCACCACGCCACAGUUUUCUUAGGGGAAAGAGAGAGAGGAAAAAGGAGCUUCCUUUUGGAUUCAAUUCCAAUUUCAAUUUCAAUUUCGUUUUAAUCGAUCAUUUCCGUUUGCCACUGUAACUACUGGAAUCGACAGUCGAUUUGGAAACUUGGGGUUUGGGUAAUUGUAGAUCUUGUUGCGGAGAAGUUUGAUUCUUGAGGAAAAGGGGUUCUUGCUAAGGAUGAAGGGUGCCCCUUCUCGGAACAGUUUGCUUGUGAUGUAAUAUGGCACUCUUGUCGGCUGACAGAAACAGAGACGAUGUCGUUUUACGUUCGUCGCGAGGCUUCAAAGUUAUGGAAGAGAUUUUGUGCGGAGAUUGCAACAGAGCUCAACCUUCUUGCAGAAAAUUGGAAGUAUAUUUUAGGCGGUAUCGUUUGCCAGUACAUCCACGGGCUAGCAGCGCGAGGGGUUCAUUAUUUUCAUCGGCCGGGACCAACACUUCAGGAUGUUGGCUUCUUCCUUCUUCCGGAACUUGGCCAAGAAAGAGCUUACAUUAGUGAAACACUGUUUUCCUUCAUUUUCCUGUCUUUUGUUUUGUGGACUUUCCAUCCUUUCAUAUUGAAGACCAAAAAGAUUUACACAGUCCUGAUAUGGUGCAGGGUCCUCGCAUUUUUAGUCGCAUGCCAGUUUCUUCGCAUCAUAACUUUCUACUCUACGCAGCUGCCCGGUCCAAAUUAUCAUUGCCGAGAGGGUUCGAAGCUCGCCACACUGCCUCCUCCAAACAAUGUUUUACAAGCUCUAUUAAUAGUUCCUAGUGGGGUUCUUUAUGGCUGUGGUGAUUUAAUAUUUUCGUCUCACAUGAUAUUCUCCCUAGUCUUUGUGCGGACAUACCACAAGUAUGGUACUCGAAGGUUUGUUAAGCAGUUAUCCUGGUUAACCGCUGUAAUUCAAAGCUUGUUGAUUGUGGCAUCUCGUAAGCACUACACAGUUGAUGUCAUCGUGGCAUGGUACACUGUAAAUUUGGUCGUGUUCUUUCUCGACAAGAAGUUGCCAGAACUACCCGACCGUUCGAGUGCAUCUGCAGCAUUGUUCCUCCCUCUGACCAAGGAUAACAAGACCAAAGAAGAGAAUCACAAAUUAUUAAAUGGGAAUUCCGGGGAUGCUGCUGACUGGAGGCCAAGAACUCAAAUCAACGGCAAGAUCAUGGAAGAAGGCAAUGUCGUGCAUGUUGAAGCAGUCAUCAGCGGCGUCUAAAAGGUGCCCCUCAAACUGGUAAAAACGCCACUUGUAAACUUAGAUCAUCGAGUUUGUGUAGUCCAGUUUAAAUCCUCAACAAGAUGAUGAUGAUGAUGAUGAUGAUGUAUCAUGAAUUCAAAAAAACUUUCAUUGUAAUUGCAAUCAAUCAAUCAAAUCUUGAUCAGCAGUUCUCUCCCA